CAGGUUUUUGCUAUACCUCGUAUACAAAAUAUCGAGAGGUGGAGUAUAUUUAAAACCACUGAUUACGUCAGAAUUAUUUUUCAUAGGAAAAACUAUGUGAUGAGCCACAUUCUAGGAAAGUAGCAAUUGCUGGGUCAAAGGUCGGAUUAUGGUGUGAAGCCUCGUUUUCGACCCAUGAUCCAAGAUGGCGGAGUCAAGUCUACUUUUUGUUAGAAAAUAACUCGCGGAUAAACGUCGAUUUUGUAAAAUAGAGUCAAAUAUAAGGUCUCAAUUUAAGCACAGACUAUGGAAUAUGUAUAUUCUUUCUCGUAGUCGAAAUUGAACGCACAGGAAUGGCCGAGAAUGGAUAAAUAAGGCCCCUGUUUUGUACCGGAAAAUGGGAGCCCAGCAAGCAAAAGACUCCCGUGCAAAUUCUGCGAAAGGGAAAAUUCGGGGCCGGGAUGUUGUUAGAAUCCCCAGUAAUCCCGCUGCCUCUACUGGAAAUAUUUUCACAGAGCACAAUGAUCUGAGGCGGUCUUCACUGGAAAGUUUCACCUCCCAAAAAGCUCUGCUACUAAAUCGGCCCCUUCCUGACGCACCAUUCACCGAUUCCGGCCUCGGUUCAAGAUGGAUGUCACGGGAGAACCUGCUCAGUCAGAUAGACGACGACCCCAAUCUCUUCAUGGCCCUCUACGACUUCCAAGAGAGCGGCGAAAACCAGCUAGGUUUAAAGAAAGGGGAGCAAAUCCGCAUGCAGCGGGAAAACAAGGGUCAUGAGUGGUGUGAGGUGAUGAACAUGGAGGGCCGCAUCGGCUGGGUACCGAGGAAUUAUCUCGCUGCCAUCAAUAGUUUAGAUAAAUUCUCCUGGUAUCACGGCCCGAUAUCACGGAAUGCUGCGGAGUACUUACUGAGCAGUGGAAUAAACGGUAGUUUUCUAGUCAGGGAGAGCGAAAGUAGUCCAGGUCAGAGGUCGAUAUCGCUACGGUAUGAUGGUCGCGUGUAUCAUUAUCGGAUCAAUGAGGAUUCUGAGGGAAAGGUAUACGUAACCUCCGACCACAGAUUCAACAACCUAGCAGAACUAGUCCACCACCAUUAUAUGCACUCAGAUGGCCUCAUCACAACGUUACUAUAUCCUGCCCCCAAGAAAAGUAAACCCACUGUGUUCAGUGUUUCCCCCGAAACUGACAAAUGGGAAGUGGAACGAACAGAAAUUGCAAUGAAACAUCGACUGGGGGGUGGGCAAUAUGGUGACGUUUAUGAGGCGUACUGGAAACGAUACAAUCGGACGGUUGCAGUUAAGACGAUCAAGGAGGAUACCAUGGCCCUGAACGAUUUCUUGGAGGAAGCAUCUGUGAUGAAAGAAAUGAAACAUCCUAACCUUGUGCAGCUAUUAGGUGUCUGCACUAGGGAACCUCCGUACUAUAUCAUCACCGAAUUCAUGAUCAACGGUAACUUGCUGGACUAUCUUAGGAACACUCCCCGUGAGGAGAUGCCACCUACGGUGCUCAUGUACAUGGCCACGCAGAUUGCCUCGGGCAUGGCCUACUUAGAAGCUAGAAAUUUCAUUCAUAGAGACCUCGCAGCUCGUAACUGCCUGGUAGGAGAAGAUCAUUUAGUCAAGGUGGCCGACUUCGGUCUUGCCCGUCUAAUGAAGGAUGAUGUUUAUACUGCUCAUGCUGGUGCCAAGUUCCCCAUCAAGUGGACAGCUCCUGAAGGACUUGCUUACAACAAAUUCUCAACGAAGUCAGAUGUUUGGGCAUUUGGUGUGUUACUCUGGGAGAUAGCCACCUAUGGUAUGUCGCCAUACCCAGGUGUGGACCUGACUGAGGUCUAUCAUCUUCUAGAGAAGGGCUACAGGAUGGAGUGUCCCGAGGGUUGUCCACAGAAUGUAUAUGAACUCAUGAUGACAUGUUGGUUGUGGAAUUCUGCUGAGCGGCUGACAUUUCACGAGAUCAAAAACUGUCUAGAAAACAUGUUCAUGAACUCCAGUAUUACUGAAGAGGUUGAGAAAUCUCUUGGCAGAAGUGGAACAAAGCACCCAAAUUUGCCGUCAAAAAAUCGCAGCGGUGCUGGCGAUUUCGACGAUUCGCUUGAAGCGAGAGGUUCGACCCCACCCAUGGCUCAUCGUGCCCUACCAAACUCACAGGAGGACCUCCACGUGGACCGAGAGGUGGCCAUGAUCAUGUCGUCAAACUCAUCAACAGGGAGCCGCAAAAGUAAAAAGAAAGCUCCAGCACCUCCGAAGCGGACAAGUUCUUUCAAGGAUCAUUCCACGCCAACUGGUGGCCGGAAUGUGACGGUGCCAGAACCGUUGAUGGAAUAUGAUGGAAACAUGGAGGACUAUAACCAGGAUCGGGCUAUUCAUAAAUAUAUUGACUCUGUUGAUAAAGAGUAUAAGAUUAUGAACGAGGCCAGCGCAUCGCCUAGUCCUAGCGAUGAUCGCCUGCAAAAUCGCCGCAUGAUGGAUGCGCAGAAAUCGGGGAGUAGCAGUGAAGAUAUUCUGUCUCAUGGAGGCCGAUCUCAGAGUGGUAGUCAGGAGAAAAUUGUCGAUGAUUUCAACACGCCUAGUUCACGUUCGAAUAGUCAGGAAUUGUUAGGAUCUAGUCUUCGUCAUACUCCCAGUGACCAAGUAGAAGUGGACAGUUUCGAUAAUAUUCCGCGAGCGGGGCAUUAUCCCAAACAACCGUUGCAUUUGCCACAGUCGGCCUCGUCCCAUCACCAAAAGAAAAAGGGACGAAGUCGGACACAUGACGGUACAAGAUACCCGAAUGUAUCCAGAUCUCAUGAAAUGGAAGAUACCGUGUCCCUGUCACAAUUGGAUAUGCAGGAUGAUAUGUCCGAGGGUCGCCCCCAAGUGGCAGCCCUGGAUAUUAGUAAUGUUAAAAAGGCGAUUAGCCGUUACGGAACGAUUCCGAAAGGUGCGCGCAUCGGUGCUUAUCUUGCCUCGCUCGAGAAACACGCUCAUGAGGAUUUACAUGAAGAGGUGAUUGAUAAUGGUAAUCGGCAUCAGCGUGAGGAUUCUGGGAUAUCCAACUCGCCGCCACAGGCAUCACCAAAGACUAGUCGACGCUAUGUGAUAGACAAUGCGAAAAAAUCUCAAUCUGCGGAUGAUCCUAGUUCUGUAGACAUUGUACCAAAUGUCAAACCUAGUUCAAUUUUGCGCUCUACUUCAACUCAUGCGGUGACAACAUCUAAUGACAAACCACCAGUAACUCAAUUGUUUAAUCGUCAGAAAGACUUUGCACAUUCACACACAAAGUCUUUUGAUAACUCUCCAUCACCGCAAGAGUUGAAAUCUCCUCCAAGUGAUUUCAAACCGAGGCCAAAACCUGCCCCACGUGGUGCUCAGCGCCUCCCAGUGGACAAAGUUGUCUACAAAGAGGCAAAAAUUGCGGAGGUGCCACCGCUCCGUCGUCCAGUCAACGAUGGAAAGGAACAACGGCAUUCACCACAAGAACGCAAGGACGAUCGUGAUCGACCACCUUUAACUCAUGCUAAUACGAUAUCCAAUGAUAGGCCGUCGUUAGUACACUCGAACACUCUGUCAAAAUUUCCGCCGCGCAACCCUUCGACUUCCUCUGAGGAGUACAUUCUUGAGAAUAAGUACAUUGACCCACCCCAGUCGCCAAUUAUAGAGAAUUCACGACAAAAAUUUAGUCCUCCAGUGGGGAAAAAGCCAACUGGGAAAAAGGAGAAAGUUGAAACAAAGUCAAAAUAUAAUGACAAGCCAAAACAAAACGAGAAAAUUAAACAAUCAGAUAAAAGUACUGGUAAGAGAGAUUUUGGUACCGGUACUUCUAAUCGUGACGGAGCUGGGGAAGUGGAAACGAAACCAAAACAUAAAUUUAUGCAGGACCAACCCAGGGUGAUGCCGUCUCAAGCAGAAGUUCUAGAGAAAUUCCGAUCAAUUUCUCACAGUAGCACCUCUGAGAGUAACAUGAGUAAUGAUAGUGGGCGGGGCGAGAGUAGAAAGGAGAAGGAACCACCAAUUCUGGAGACUAUAGGUAUAAACACUGUCACUACCUACAAGACAAAAACGCCCACUGGAAUCAGACAGGGUGUUUCCUCGCUGAAGCUAACCGGUGCAAAGCAAGUGUUACCUGGAGGUGGGUCCGGUGUCUAUAUGCCAGGUUUGAAAUCUGUUAAUUCCCCUAAAACAGCCAGUGCUGCCACUGCGAAACAGGAACAGAAUAUUAACACAGAGGAAUCUGCCUCUGAAGAUAAUGUUCCGAGCAAGGAAUUUAUCUACGCUUCUUUGCAGGAUUUGCAAUCGAGUGUCAAAGGUCUGCGUAUCGCUGCAAACAAGAGCAGUAUGACAUUGAUGCAGUUGUCAGAAAAGGUGCAAUCAUUUCAUAAUAAGUGUGUCACUUAUGUGGACUCGUUGGCACCGAGCGUUAAGUUUCAUUGCCGAGAACUGCUGAUGAGGUUGGAAAAUCAUGGAGAAACGCUCAAGACGUGCUCGGGGGCAAAUAUAAGAGAAAAUGAUAAUGUUUUGAAGGAGUUAGAUAUGAAUUUGAAGGAUUUAUCACAGAUUGUGAAAAGGUAGUGCAGUGGCCUUGUCCAAGUGCUGGACAAUAACUAGUUCACUGUCAAGGCCUUAAAUCUUCAUGCAGUCAAUCUUAUGAUGGUGUAUUUAAUAUUCAACUUGUAUCUAUGGAAGUAGUCUUGGUUGCUAUGAAAAAUCAUUGAGAUGUAGUGUCGCUAUGGUAAUAUCUGUGGUUACCAUGGAGAAUCAAUGUUGCUAGGUAACCCUGUAGUCGCUGUGAACAAAAUUUAGUGCUAUGAGCAUGCUUCUUUUAUAAAUACACCAUGUACAUCUUAAUGCAAAGGAAACUUAAAUCUCUGGAAUUUUAAAAUCAAAAGUGGCUUGCAGCCCCUGUGAUAAAGUGUUGGGAGUCUACUAAUGUUUCUUGGUCAUAUUUGAUAUUGAGUGCUAUUAUGGAUGCCUUUAGUGUCAUGUCGGUACCGGACAAUCUGGGUAGGGUCGAGAUUUUCUUCUCCAAGGGAGAUUUGCCUCUGUGUGGUUUACUCUUGUAUGUACAAUAUUCUUUAUUUAAAAGUAAGAAGAUAUGUACUUAGUGCUGAAAUGUCAGACUGGAAAUCAGAAAAUGUCCGCGGGUGAAAAUUUGGCUUUCCAGAAACAGUACCUUUAUUUAUAUGGUAUGUUGACAAUUCAACACUGAUCACUGCAGAAUUGGUUCUUUUUGCAGCAUUUCAUCCUGAUAUAUGACUUUCCUAUUCUCCACAAUAGAACAGGUAUUCAGGCUGGCCUGGAGUUUCCUGCGACUAAAAUAAUAGAAAAAAUACGUAAUAGUUUGGGGUUUUCUUUUCAUUUUGUCUUGAAUUUCUAUAUAACAGUAGAGUAUUGUAAAUUUCUUUAUAGAACAAAGUACAAUGCUUUCUAAAGCAAGUGGUUCUCAAAGCUUGUUGAGGCCCUGUCUAUAAUGAUAAUUUGUGGCAUUCUGGCACAUAAAAGUAGGAUUUUAAGCUUUGGUAUCAUAAAAAUUGUAUAAGCAAGCUUAUUUAUUUGAAUAAUCGGGCAGGAAAUAUUGACAUGUAGUGUCAGUUUCUUUUGGUUUCCUUUGAAAUGUUGUGGUUGUCAAUGCUGUGUGCAUAGCAAGCAGGGUUUUUAUGGGAGUUUCAAACUACUCGAUUGUGUACGAAGAUCGAUGUGGAAAUAGUUUUCUGCCUAAUUUGAACAUUGUAUCUAGUUGUACAUAGUUAUAGUCAUCUCUGUUUGGGAUGUAUGUAAAUUAUUCUCGCCCUACCCAGACUCGACAACCAGCCUAUAGAGGGCGUGCAGAGAUGUCAUCACAUCAAAAUUGCCAUUUUGGAUGUUUACAUCAUUGCCCAAGUGGCACACUUUGUAGUUGGCACAACAAUGGCAGUCGUGAAAGGUGGUGACGUCGGGCAUGUUGUUAUCUGCACAUUGGUGGCGACGUCCGCUUGGUCAGGAACACGGAUUGACGUCCAAAAUAGAUGUCAAAAUGACGUCACUGCAUGACCUCUAUAUGAAUAUUGUCAAAAGGCUAUGCAUGUUUGAGUGUUUGUGUGUGUUGCCUAUUGUCAAAUAGGUGGCUUGGUUACAUUUUGCCAAAUGGUUUUUCUAGUAAAUAUGUGAGUUUUUAGGGAGGGCUUUUGGCUGAACCUUCAGAUGGGUUGUCACCUUGGGGAUGUUUGUUCAUUGGAAGAUGAAUUUGAACAUUGAAAUUGCUAAACAAACUUGUGUUGGGAGGGGGGGGGGGGCUAUUACAACCUGACGCUGGUACAGAUUUUAAAUACCAUACGUUAAAAUUAACGAAUUUGUUAAAUGAUCGUGUGUGAAGUCUUAUUCAGUGGCAACCAAGUGACUGUCAUCUAUCUAUCGUGAAUUUCACAUCGGUUUAAAAAUCAGCCUUGGGGCGUGUCACUGUCAUGCAGUUUUACUUCCCAAAAAUUGGUAAAAAAUUUGGA